GGGAGGGCGGCCGCGCGGUUCGGGGCGCUCGGUCCGGCUCCGGGUCGCCCUCCGCGGUCGCCAUGGCCUCGGUGUUCGGAAAGCCCCGCGCCGGCAGUGGGCCCCCGAGUGCACCCCUCGAGGUCAACCUGGCCAUCUUGGGGCGCCGCGGGGCCGGCAAGUCCGCCCUGACUGUGAAGUUCCUGACCAAGAGGUUUAUCAGCGAAUAUGACCCCAACUUGGAGGACACCUACAGCUCCGAGGAGACCGUGGACCACCAGCCCGUCCACCUGAGGGUCAUGGACACUGCAGACCCGGACACCCCCAGGAACUGCGAGCGCUACCUGAACUGGGCCCACGCCUUCCUGGUGGUGUACAGCGUAGACAGCCGCCAGAGCUUCGAGGGCAGCAGCAGCUACCUGGAGCUGCUCGCCCUGCACGCCAAGGAGAUGCAGCGCGGCUACCCAGCCCUGCUGCUGGGCAACAAGCUGGACAUGGCCCAGUACAGGCAGGUGACCAAGGCGGAGGGUGCGGCCCUGGCCCGCAGGUUCGGGUGCCUGUUCUUCGAGGUCUCCGCCUGCCUGGACUUCGCGCAUGUGCAGCACGUGUUCCACCAGGCGGUGCGGGAGGCGCGGCGCGAGCUGGAGAGGAGCGCCCCCGCCCGGCCCCUCUUCAUCUCCGAGGACAGGGCCCCUGGGCACCAGGCGCCGCUCACCGCCCGGCACGGGCUGGCCAGCUGCACCUUCAACACGCUGUCCACCGUCAGCCUGAAAGAGAUGCCGGCCGUGGCCCAGGCCAAGCUGGUCACUGUGAAGUCAUCCCGCGCGCAGAGCAAGCGCAAGGCGCCCACCCUCACCCUCCUGAAGGGCUUCAAGAUCUUCUGAGGCCCCCGUGUCCUUGGCAGCCCCCGGGUUGGCCACUGGGGCAGCGGCAGGUCAAGGGCUGGCAUUCGCUGCCAGCCUUUCCCGCUGACGGACUGAUGCCCCCACCCGCCGACAGGCCGCUGAACCUGCCUCCGGCACCAAGCGGCGUCCCCACACCGUGAGCCAAAGCCACUGCAUGGGGUGCGGCUGCUGUGCCGGCCUUCGUCUCUAUGGUAACCACUGCAUCUAGGACCCUGGAGGCAAGCAGUCGUUGCCACAUCCCGGAGACCUGGAGUCUGCCAUAGCGAGAAGAAACUGUGGCGUCCAUUCUGCUGCUCUGAUCUCUGCAGCUGCAGCUACAGCCGGACUAGCUGUGGCCCAUAGUGGGUGGACAGCUCCCAGAGGCCUGCAGGAAGGGCAGCCCGAGUGUUCUGGCGCCACCUGGUGGGAGGCAGAGGCAGCGCAGCUGCUUAGAAGUUGGAGCCUGGCCCACCCGUCCUCUUCUGACCUCCCAGGAGCCCCAGACAACAACGCUUUUAUCCAAAAAGCUCUGGUUUCCAUAAUUCUACAGGAAAGCUGGACAGGGCAGGGGGCUCCAGGCGGGGAUAUUCCCAGCGCUGUGCCUUUCAUGGAGGGCAGAAGGGCACCUGCAGUGGGCUUUCACCAGGAUUCAGGGUCCUCUCCCCUCUUUGCUAAGGGCUCUGUCUGCACACCCUCAGGACCAGCUCCUCAAGUCUAAUGACCGAGGCUGCAGAACACAGUGUCCUCCCCAGUGACGGUUCCAGGGCCCAGGACAGCCCACAGAAGGCAGGGUCACCAAUGGCCCGCUCACUCAGAUAGGAGCAGUGUAAGGUUUGUAGUGUGGGCCAGGUGUGGUGGCGCACGCCUGUAAUCCCAGCACUUGGGAGGCUGAGGCAGGAGGAUCGUUGUGAGUUUGA